AGGUAGAUUAGAUUAGAUGAAUAGGAUUUCAUGUUUCAGAAAUACUGGAUUAAUAAAACCUAACCAGUUUUCUUGAUUGUGGGUCUUCUUGGAGCUUCCAACUUGUCAUUAUGCCAUGUGGAUCUCUAAGUGACAGGGGUAGAGAUGAACAUACAAGUUUUUCCAAACACAUUUGCUUACGAAACCCCCUUCCCCCUCUAGAGAGUAUUCUGUGGAACUUUGGCCUCAUGGAAAAACAAUCUGAAGAAUAAUCCAUGCUUAAUGACUGUUUAGAAUAUUUUUCUUGUCAGAAUUUUUAGUUUAGGUAAGGCCAAAGCAAUUAGAUAAAACUAGAUGCGACAUAAAGAGAAAAUAGCAUGAUUCUUGGCUACUUAAUGAUUUGGAAUAAAUUUAUGUUUUAUAUUUCGUUUCAUUAUUCACUAUGGGGUAUUUUUUUAUGUCCAACAAGUUAAUUUACCCUGGGUUUGAAUAACCAAACUGAUAAAUUAUGAGUUGUUAUUGCCUAAAUUGACAAUAAAGCUUUUUUUUGAGAAAUAUACUUUUAAUUAUAUUAUCGAUAACACAUACUCCAUUAUAAAUAGUGUUAUAAUUUAUUUUUCCAAAAUUUUCCAGGCGUGUAGUACACAUUGAGGAAUACAUAAAUAGUGAAUAUUUUAUAAUAUAAAGACUAGUGAAUUUAUAAAAAUUGACACAAUGGGCAGAAUGGAAGAGCAUUGUUAUUAUUUUUUUGAAACAGUGGUGUUUCUAGAAUUCUUAAAUGAUAUAUCAACCUAUGUUAACUGCAAGUUCUCGUAUUUAAUGAUGUUUACAAUUAAAAUAAUGCAAUAGCAAUAUAAGAGUAAUGAUCAUAAUUAACUCAGAAUAGAUUCUUUAAGGUGGUUCAAAGGGCUUUUCAUAAUAAAUUACUAGCCUUUAAUCAGCUAAUUAAAGUUAGUAUCUUUUAGAAUGUGAGAAGUAUGUUUUUGUGUCAUAAAAAAUUUAACCUAGAUUAACAAGACAAGUUUGAAUGAUCCAGAUUCACUAUACCAAAUCUGAGAUAUGUCUGACGUUCCAGCAAAAGCUUUAUUUAGAGGGAGCUGGGAAAUCUUUGAGAUAACAGGCUUUGGACGUGCUAUCUUGAGUGUUACAUUGUGGAGUUGUUUUCCCACAAUCUUUAAGUCUUUUUCAAACUAUUUUGUGAAUGAAUUAAAUUAGUGAAAUAUAAAUAAAUGGUCUCUUUUGGAUUGCUUACCCAGAUUAGAGAAUGUUGACUUUAAAAGGUCACAAAAUUGAAUUUUGCCUGUUGGACCGGUAUUUCCACUUGGGAGGCUAGUCCUGGCUGACCUCCACAAUUCCAUCCAUCCACUCACACGCAGUCAUGAUAAGAGCUUGAAGUGUGAGCUAAAUAGGGAUGAGGCCUGGGCAAGGUCAUUUCUGCCAGAACACCAGAGACUCCAAGAGCUCAAGGGUGCUGUAGUACAGAGAAAGGGGGUGUCCUCGUGAAUUAAAAAGAAAAGAAAAAAGAAAGAGAGAAAAGAAGAAAAAAAAAACCCUCUAUACACAGAGUAAAAAUGAGGGUCCUUGUAUUUGAGGAUGUAAAAGAUGAGGCAGAAGAGGGAAAAACAGAGGAAGAGGAAGAUGAAGACGACACGGUGUUCUUCAAGCCUGUUAUUGAAGACCUAAGGAUGGAAUUGGCCAGAAAAUGCACCAAGCUCAUUAGUGAUAUUCAUUAUAAAGAAGAAUAUAAAAAGUCCAAGGACAAGUGUACCUCUGUGACUGACACUCCCAUGCUAAACCAUGUAAAAAACAUUGGUGCUUUUAUUUCUGAGGCAAAAUACAAAGGCACCAUUAAGGCGAACCUCUCCAAUUCUCUUUAUAAGCAGAUGCCAGCCACAAUCGAUAGUGUCUUUGCAAGAGAAGUUACGCAUCUUCAGAGUGAGGUUGCCUAUAAGCAGAAACACGAUGCCGCCAGAGGAUUCUCAGAUUAUGCCCAUAUGAAGGAGCCACCUGACGUCAGACAUGCCAUGGAGGUCAAUAAACACCAGAGUAACAUUUCUUAUAGAAAAGAUGUGCAGGACGCCCACACGUACAGUGCGGAUCUCAACAGACCAGACAUCAAGAUGGCAACACAGCUCUCCAAGCUCAUAAGCAAUGCAGAGUACAAGAAAGGGCAAGGAGUAAUGAAUAAAGAGCCUGCUGUGCUUGGAAGACCAGAUUUUGAACAUGCUGUGGAAGCUUCUAAACUUUCUAGUCAAAUUAAAUACAAAGAAAAAUUUGAUAAUGAAAUGAAGGAUAAGAAACAUCAUUACAAUCCUCUGGAAAGUGCUUCUUUUAGGCAAAGUCAGCUUGCCACCGCACUGGUGAGCGAUGUGAAGUACAAGAAAGACAUUCAAAGUAUGCACGAGCCAGUCUCAGGUCUCCCAAACCUGUUUUUAGAGCAUGCUUUGAAAACCAGCAAAAUGAUCAGCGGACACGAGUAUAGAAAGCUUUUUGAGGAAAACAAAGGAAUGUAUCAUUUUGACGCGGAUGCUGCUGAACACCUGCACCAUAAAGGCAAUGCCACGCUCCAGAGCCAGGUUAAAUACAAAGAAGAGUAUGAGAAAAAUAAGGGGAAAUCAAUGCUUGAAUUUGUUGAAACACCCUCAUAUCAAGCUUCAAAGGAGGCUCAGAAGAUGCGGAGUGAGAAAGUUUACAGAGAGGAUUUUGAGAAGGAGAUUAAAGGAAGGUCAUCACUGGAUUUAGACAAGACUCCAGAAUUUUUACAUGUAAAGUACAUCACCAACCUUCUGAAAGAGAAGGAAUAUAAGAAAGAUCUGGAAAAUGAAAUAAGAGGCAAAGGAAUGGAACUUAACCCAGACGUUCUUGAUAUUCAAAGAGCAAAACGUGCAUCUGAAAUGGCUAGUGAGAAAGAAUAUAAGAAAGACCUGGAGUCAAAAAUUAAAGGGAAGGGAAUGCAGGUUGGCACUGACACCCUUCAAAUACAGCAUGCCAAAAAAGCUGCAGAGAUAGCUAGUCAGAAAGACUAUAAGAAAGAUCUGGAGACUGAAAUAAGAGGGAAGGGCAUGCAAGUGGGCCCAGACACUCCUGAUAUCCAGAGAGCCAAGAAAGCAUCGGAAAUGGCCAGCCAGAAAGAAUAUAAGAAAGAUCUGGAAAAUGAAAUUAAGGGGAAAGGAAUGCAAGUGAGCAUGGACAUCCUGGACAUACUACGAGCCAAGAGAGCAUCAGAAAUCUACAGCCAGAAAAAGUAUAAAGACGAAGCAGAGAAGAUGCUUUCUAACUAUAGUUCUGUGUUAGACACUCCUGAAAUUCAGAGAAUCAAGAUAACUCAACAAAACAUUAGUGCGAUAUUUUAUAAUAAAGAAAUAGGAGCUGGCACAGCAGUAAAAAAUACUCCAGAGACUGAACGAGUAAAGAAAAAUCAGCAGAAUAUUAGUUCAGUAAAAUACAAAGAAGAGAUGCAUCAGGCAACGGCCAUUUCCGAUCCUCCAGAGCUAAAGAGAGCUAAAGAAAACCAGAAGAACAUCAGCAAUCUCCAGUACAAACAGCAAUGCCCCAAGGCCACACCGGUGAGCGUCACGCCGGAGAUGGAGAGGGUGAGGAGAAACCAGGAGGAGCUGAGUACGGUGAAAUACAAAGGAGAAACUAAACAGGCAACGGCCAUUUCUGAUCCACCAGAGUUGAAGAGAGUUAAAGAAAAUCAGAAGAACAUCAGCAAUGUUCAUUAUAAAGGUCAACUGGGAAGAGCUACAGCUUUAAGCAUAACUCCUGAAAUGGAAAGAGUGAAGAAGAACCAAGAAAAUAUCAGUUCGGUAAAAUAUACCCAGGACCAUAAACAGAUGAAAGGUAGACCAAGUCUGAUUUUAGAUACACCUGGUCUGAGAUAUGUCAAAGAAGCACAAAAUCAUAUUUCAAUGGUAAAGUAUCAUGAAGACUUUGAAAAGACAAAGGGAAGGGGCUUUACUCCUGUUGUAGAUGACCCCGUGACGGAGCGAGUAAGGAAGAACACCCAAGUGGUUAGCGAUGCGGCCUACAAAGGUGUCCAUCCUCACAUUGUGGAGAUGGACAGAAGACCUGGGAUCAUUGUCGACCUCAAAGUUUGGCGUACAGAUCCUGGCUCCAUCUUCGACCUUGAUCCCCUGGAAGACAAUAUUCAGUCUAGAAGUCUCCAUAUGCUUUCUGAAAAGGCGAAUCACUACAGGAGACUCCGUUCUCGGUCUCACUCGAGCAGUACUUUUGGUACAGGUCUGGGAGAUGACAAGUCAGAAAUAUCUGAGAUUUACCCUAGCUUUUCAUGCUGCAGCGAGGUAACCAGACCGUCGGAUGAAGGAGCGCCUGUUCUUCCUGGAGCCUACCAGCAAAGCCAUUCCCAAGGCUAUGGGUACAUGCACCAGACCAGCCUCUCAUCCAUGAGGUCAAUGCAGCACUCACCAAAUCUAAGGACCUACCGAGCCAUGUAUGAUUACAGUGCCCAGGACGAAGAUGAGGUCUCCUUCAGGGAUGGCGACUACAUCGUCAACGUACAGCCCAUCGACGACGGCUGGAUGUAUGGCACGGUGCAGAGAACUGGGAAAACAGGGAUGCUCCCAGCCAAUUACAUUGAGUUUGUUAAUUAAUUCUCUCUCCUUGUCUUUGAGCUUUAUUCUAAUGUAUACUAAACCCAAUCUUUUUAAAAGAUAGAAGAUACUUUUAAGACAACUUGGCAGUUAUUUUACAAUAAUCUAUCUUCACUUUGACAAUGAGACACAUAGGUACCAGGAAAAAAGACUGACUUCUGGGCUCAGAACAGCAGCAUUUUCAGUAAUUCCUGUACACAAAACCUUAAGGUCUGGAGGCCCGGUGCUGCUAAUUGGGUUAAUGGUUUCCUUUGAUUGGCUAUCGAACACUUCUGGGAAAUGUAUUUUUGUAGACUUUAAUAGAGAUGUUGAUUGUCCCUUACACGUAACAAGUCUAUGAAACUUAUUAGCUGUCACUUUGGAAUCACCAGAAGCCAAUUCUUGUAAUUCAGUAACACAGCCAAUAAUUUAAAAACCAUUUAGCUUUUGAGUCAUUAGGGAAUUUCCAAUUCAAGUGAAAAUUGCCUAAUGUAAUAAACGUCAGGAGUGGCAGAACGGCGAUUUGGUUAAAAUUAUAUUGACUGGUGGCCUUCGGGACCUAGAAACUUCUCCCAAACAAAGACAUUUCCUUGUUCCUUAGGCUGACUUGGGUCUCUUUGUUUCUCAUUUGUACCAAGGCAUAUCCUACUCUUCAUUUACAUUCUGUGGGUCCAAGUCUAUGCUUGACUCCAUAGAAUGUCAGGACCAAAUAAGGUCACAGCUACUCUGCAAAGGGCAAAGUUGAAGGUCAUCUCUAUUAUUUCCCUAAGGGCGUUGACCCUGUUGCAUGUCACGUAGGUUCAAGCUUCUGUAACAUAGGCAGCUGCACUGCCCAUCCCCGUUAUUAAAGCAACAAGUAUGGCUGAUAACCUAACAGCCUUCCCUUCUAGUAGCCUGCUCAUCAGAAAAACAUGUUUUUGAAAAGUUGCUUGAGAUUCUCCUGCUGCCUUGCACUCUAGUUUCGAAGGAUUUACACCUUUAGGAAAUAGACGCCUACUCUAGCAAAUAAGUGAUUUAGGUGUUUACCGAGCAGCUUUCUUUAACAUAAUGCCGCUGUCAAUUUAAAAGUAAAGCUAACUAAACAGGAGCCAAAGACUACAAGGUGUGCGAGAGACACAACCAGUGAGCAAAACGUCACCCACUCCACAGAGAGAUGAUCAGGUUUAUGUGUGUGUGUGUGUGUGUGUGUGUCUGUGUGUGUUUCUGGAAAAUGCUAUUUACAUCCAGGAAUGGAAGUCCAGCCACUGAAACCAGUGAAUGGAAAGACGUCUUUUCUACUUUCUUCUGGUUUUUACUUUCUAACCCAUAUUGGGUGGAGGAGGGGAGAUGAAAAUGCCGGCAGAGAUUUUAGAUCAAGGCCCAACAGGUUGUUCACUAAAAAAAGAAAUUGUUGUCCUAUCUUGAAUUUCAAAUGCAAGACCCUGCGGGCACUUUCUGGGUUCACCACAGAGCUGCAGCCUUGCUGGUCGGUCGUGAUGAUUGGCCUGUAGUCUGCAGUCAAGGUGGCUGGAGAAAUUAACGUCCAUCAGCCACUCUGUGUUUUGCUGAUGUAUUUAGACCUCAGCAGGGUAGCAUUCAUGUAGGGCUUGCCUCUGGAGUUGUGAGGAAGAGGCUAAAAGCAAAGUUUAAAAAAUGUGAUAAAAUGUAUCGAUCUUGAGGCUAUCUCCUUUAGGUAACAUAGGCAAAGAAAUUAAGGAAAUAUCUUAUAAAAUACCUUUUACGGAAGUGUUUAGGAGUCCAGAAACAAAUGCUAAUUUGUUUUUGCUUGUGGAAAGUUAGCACCUACUUUUUGAGAAUCUAGAGUUUUAUUUUCUCUGGCUCAAAGAGCAAAUAAGCUUUAUUACACUCAAGCUGCAUCUAUAGGAACUCACACAAAAAGAGAUGAGAGAAAUUCAGGUAGAAGACUAGAGUAUUUUUUGAGGGGUUUUUACAGAUUCCUUCAUACCCAGCGGGACUGAUUUUCUGGCAUUGGAAUGGGCAGUCAUGAUUAAAUUAACCCCUAUCUGUUUAGAUGUCUUGUCCACAAACCAACAAAGGCAAGCUAAACUUGCAACAUUCUUGCAAAAAAAAAAAAAAAAAAAGAUUCUGUGCAUUAAAACUGGGGCAAUAAACUUACUCAAUUUUAUAGUAUCAUUAAGCAAAUAUUUAUGUUUCACCCAGACCACUUUUUUUGUGAUUAGGAAAAAGAGUAGUUGUUGAUUAAAUUUGCAGACUAAAUGUAGGACAGGUACAAUUUUUGAGAAAUAGCACAUUUAUAGGAAGCUCAAAGGAAACGGAUUUGAAGUGAUACUUUUAAUUGGGGAAAAGUCCCAUAAAAUAGCAGUUGGUUGUUCCAUUGUCUUUCUCAUCUAUUAAUUUUAAAAUCAGAUUCAUGGAAUGUAGAAGUCAAUAAUUAUUAAAGGAAUAAUUCUAAAAUUUUUAGCUUCGCAUAAUGUUUGCGUAGCGAGAUGUUUCUCCUUCCAGCCUCUAGGAAUUAAGGUCUGUUCAGAAUUUAACCAGACAGCAAUUAUUUGUUGUCACUGUUACUAAUGCUUGUCAGGAUCUUGGGCAUCUCAGCAGAAAUAUUGGAAACAUACAUGUAUAAUACCAAAGCGCUAUUUUUACAGCAUUAUUUUUCAAAACUAUGUUCUCCAACAGUUUUUCCACUUUGCACAUGGCUCCCCUCCCCUCAAUUUGGCGGCAUGCAGCUCACACAUAAAUAACACUAACUGCUAAAGAAGGGUGUAAAAAAAAAAAAUCUAUUUUUUAGAAAUCAAGCUAAAGACUGUGAAAUGUCCAAGCACAGAAGCAUGCACCUGAUUCUCUGAACAUGAUGCAUUCUCAGGCCUGAAAAAAGCACAUGGAGCAGGUUGGUAUAUCUUAUAAGGUUCUGAAAACAAAACUCAAUGUGGAUCAUCUCUCUCCUGAGAGAAGCUGAGCAGCAGAAUAGAUGACUUUCGUUGUACGUCUUUGUAGUCAACGUUUUUACUAAUUCUCGUGCUCGAGGAAAGCUUCCGAUUUCUAACCUGUGACAAAACGAGUUCUUCACGUCUUCUUGUUCUUGUUUAUACACCACAGCGUAGCCCAGGUUGAAAUACUUAUCUGGUUGUCAGAUCCCCUCGGCAUCCCUGCCUCUUCCCAGGCUUCCCCACCUCCAGAGACCACACGGGAAUUUGCAAGCACAAUUUCUACGGGCACCUUGUAUGAAGGUGGAUGAGAUUAGACCCGCCCCUCUCUCGUCACUAGGUUCACCGCUUGAAGAUGACGAAGAGGCCAUUUGGGCAAGUUGACCCCAGUCUCUCCUCUCUUGUCCUCUCCCGGUUGGGCUUGGCAACAGUCUGGGAGGUGGGGAAACAGACUUUUCUAGAACAGUGAAGUUCAAGAGGUGCAUCUCUUUUUUUGGGUGUGUUCACCUCCAGUGAAGUGUUUUUGAUGAAAAGAUAAAGAAAACGGGCAUGACCCUUUAAUAACGCAUCCUUAUAUAAAGUGGAUAUAGUUUAUACCAAAAUUAUAAUAGAGAUAUAUUUUUUAAAAAGGUGCCUUUUUGAUGACCCUUGUUUAUCCAUGAUGGUCUCAGAAUGAGAACCAAGCAACCAAGCUUCUUGUCUAUUCUAUAGUAAUAUUUUAUUAUACAUGAUCGGUAUUUUUCUUGUGGGGAAAUAUGAUGCUCCUGACAGGUAUGAAAGGUGAUAGCUGAUUGUAUUUUUACCUCUAAAGGUGUAGAACUUUAGAAAAUACUGACCUUUCCCCGUCUAUUUCUGAAAAGUUCUUGGUGGAUUUAUAUACAGUCAGGAUGCAUAAACAUUAACUUUAGGUUUGAGACUUAAAAUACCUAUUGCAAGACAGAAGAAUUAUGUUAUGAGGCUGAAUUCAUUACACAAGAUGAAAUUCACUUCAUAAAUUUCUAUUAGACCUUAGCUAUUUGCUUCUGAUGCUCUAAAAGUGGCUCGAGCGUGGGUGAUUUGGGUAAUGAGACACAGAGGUGAGAAAGCUUUAGUUAAGUAAGAAGCUAUGUGAAGUAAGUUAGGAAUGCUAAAAGGAAAGUCUCUUUCUGAAGGAUCCCACGCCCAUUCGGGUCCUUUCCAGGCAACUGGCUGUCAACUACUGAUGAUCAAAAACAAAAACAAUAACAAUAACAAAAAAACCAAGAUAUUGUAUGAUGUUUCUGUGGCCAUCAUUUCAUGAUGCUUAGACUACUGGAAUCCACUAGCCUGGAAGGAUCCCCGGGCAGAUAUCUCCCCGGAUGUCCAUAUUACUUCCAUAUAUUCAUGGAAUCCCAUAUGCUUUUUGCGUUUGACACAUGGUACCCAGUUGGCAUAGUGUCUACUUCUUUGUAAUCCAGUUGUUGUUAAGAAUGAUUGACGUUGAAGGAAGAAAGAAAGCUGCAUGCUAGUCCCACUCUUCAGUGUCCAUACGAUAAAUGGCUGAGCAUUGAGAAGUGGCACCAAGUGUGUUGUGGGCACGGUGUGGAAACGUUGGCCUUUGACUUGUGAUAAAAAUACAAAAUUGAGUCACUGCGCAGCUUGGCUUCUGUCUGCUUCAAAAAUGUAGAAUUGUGGUUGACGAAUUGGUAAGACCGUACUAACUUUGAGAGCAUACAGUUUUAAUGGAAACACUUUAUGGUUUUAAAAUGAAGGGGCUUAUAGAAUGAUACGAUGUUAUUACUAUAAUUUGGCUUUUGUUAUGCAAAUUAACACCAGCUAUUAAAAUAUAUUUUAGUAGAAAUGCUUUAAUUCAUGUUUUCUUUCCUCUACACUGUGAAUCUUUAAGCCUUGGUGGACUAGAGCAACAUCGUGCUGCCCAAAGGACUAACCUAUGCAAACUAGUUCACAUUUUAGUGGAUGUCACAGUAAUCGUGUAAUAAGACAUUAUUUCCCCCCCUGCAUAAUGUACAGCGGCAUUGGAAUAAACAUGAAGCCUAGCAUCUUGUAUGUAUAGUAUAGUCACUCACAAACCCUUCAAGGCUACUAUAAUCAUUAGUAUUAUUAUUUGUUUAAAAGCGAAUCGCCAAGUUAUCUCUUAAAUCUACUUGAAUGAUGUCAGAACAAGAAUGAGAGAUGGACGUGUCGGCUGUGGCUUCAUUGUGGUCACUGCAAGUGUCCUCCUGUGAUCGAGCUGUGUUCGGAUGCACUUUCUUCAGGAUAUUAUUAUUCUGUGUCUUCUUUCUGUAUUUGUAAAAUGUUAUAACGCUCUAAUUUUCCUAUCUCUACACAUCUGGUUUGCUUAAAUAAAUGCAGGAUAUAACAAAA